UACCAACCAUAUCCAGUGGCACGGCCAAUGACCUAUCCAACAACAACCCCAACGUACGGUUCAGUCUCCUCGGCUCCAACUUUCGGCAACGCGAUGGCCAGCUCAACAAUCGGUACGUUCUCAACAGAUCCAACCGAGGAUUUCUACCAAAAAAGCCUUGCUUUAAGAAUGAGUUGUCAAGCGCCCACUUCUAAUGUGCAAUACCAGAGCUGA